AUGGCCGUGUUCGAUAAGGACAAUCGCCCCCGCGGCCUGCGCAUGCCGUCGCUCUCCAUCAAAGGAGGACGGAAGAAGACCGAAUCUCCGCCGCCCGAGGAGUCUCAUUCCUAUCGUCGUCCCAUCCCAGCAUCGACGACGACUACGCGAGAGAAGGAGUUGCCGCGGCCACCCUCGCAGCCGUCCAAGCCAUACGACGACCGGCCGCUACCCCGAUUCCCUCGAGUCCCCGUGCCCCGGCCGGAAGAACCCGCAGCUCCCGUUGUUCUUCAGGAAAGCCCGCCCCAACGACCUGUCUUUGAAGGAGUACCGAAGCAGAGGCAGAUCCCUGAUCGCGGGCUUGACCCCCAACGUGAUAUCGCUGUCGCCGUCGCCGUCGCCCCGGGCCCGACCCCCAUACAACCGCCGGACGACGAGCCGGAGGUUCCGUUGGAGGACUUCAUCCCUGAGCCAGAGCCGGAGCUAGACGGCGAUGAGCCCGAUGCGGCGCCCAUCGAACAGGCGUCCAGCGAGGAGAACGGAGGCCCCUGGACGCCGCCGGAUUUCGAGCCCGUGGCGGCACCGUUGAACAAACUUCAUUUCGCGUGCUACCAGGACCAUCGGUCGAUGCCGCCGGCCAACAAUGUCUGGUAUCCGCUGCCAUGCAUGACGUGUCAGAAAUUCGACCGGGAGGUGCGGUUUCGAUGCGUGUUCUGCUGUCUGCGCGUCUGCAGCGGGUGUUUCCACGCACUGCAGAAAUGUCCUCAUCGUUCGCUGCAAAGAUUCAUGGAGAUGAUUUCCCAGUCAUAA